AGUGAGGCGGGAGCAGCGGAAAGCUCGCCUUUGUGUUUCUCUUCUAAUAUCUCACAUGUCAAUAAUUCAGAGCGGCACCAGACGGACACUGCGCUAUGUAUUCAGCUGUGUAUCGACUAGCCAGGGGCCGCUUUCUACAAUUCAGGGGUCAUUUCACCCAGCCUUAAAGUAGCACAAGAAGCAGGGAGACGCAAGCAAGCCAGUCAGCAAGCAAGCGCGCACAGGGGGCAAGGAAAAAUCAGAGAGCCCCCACUCGCAAAACUAAACCGGAGCGUAUAAAUAAAGGAUAUCAAAACAUAGAUUAAGAAGAAACAAACAAACAACAACAACAACAACUACAACAACAGAUCUUAAAACAUUCAAAUCUGGAUUGGAUAAAGAGAUAAGGAGCUGUAUCUGUGAGUCUAGAAGUGGGUUACUGCAAUCUGUUGAAAGCUGCAGACCGAAGAAGCAGCCGUCAUGCUGGUGCUUUUCCUGAGCGUGGUGUGGCUAGUUGGGCUAGUGUGCGGCCAGAACGAAACCGAACCCAUAGUCCUGGAGGGGAAAUGCCUGGUGGUUUGCGAUUCUAACCCCACCUCGGACACAACAGGGACGGCUCUGGGCAUCUCAGUGCGGUCGGGCAAUGCCAAGGUAGCGUUCUCCUCUGUUCGGAGCACGAACCACGAACCCUCGGAAAUGAGUAACCGAACUAUGGUCAUCUACUUCGACCAGGUACUCGUGAACGUUGGGAGCAAUUUUGACACGGAGAGAAGCACUUUCAUCGCUCCGCGAAAAGGGAUUUACAGUUUCAAUUUUCAUGUGGUCAAAGUGUAUAACAGACAGACGAUCCAGGUGAGCCUCAUGCUGAACGGAUGGGCCAUGAUCUCAGCGUUUGCCGGGGACCAGGAUGUCACCAGAGAGGCCGCCAGCAAUGGGGUUCUGCUCCAGAUGGAGAAAGGAGACCGAGUGUAUCUCAAACUGGAGAGAGGAAACCUAAUGGGAGGCUGGAAAUACUCCACGUUCUCAGGAUUCCUCGUCUUCCCCAUCUAAACAGGAUCGAAAACACACAGACGCUGGGAUGCCAGGAAAAAACAGAAAACAAAAAACACACACAAGGGGUAGGAAUGAUGAGUGAAUGAACGGCUCUCAGAUGCAGCUGCUUGUAGCUCUGGACAGAAAAC